AUGAGAACUGGAGCAUCAGGAUCGUACGUCAAAGAAUUUGAAAUGAUGGAAAAGAAACUGGCUCUGGUUCAACAAUCACUGAAGAAUACGACAGCCAGUUCGCUUCAGUUACAGGAGCUUGACCAAUUAAUUGCUAAUGUCAGAUUUAAUGACGGAUGUCGGACUCAAGCAGAAAAUGUUACUCAGCGCAUUACUCUACUCAAUUUGUCUCUCAAUGAACUGAAGGCAAAAGCACAAAGUCUGAAUGAAAGCUCUCAGUCCCUCAAAGAUAACGCUACCAAAUUACAGGAAGGCAAUGUUGAAGGUGCUCUAAAUCUGACUCGCGAAGCAUACAAUCGGGCGCAACAAGUGAAACUGAAAAAUAUGAACACCGCGACUAUCGUUAGCGAAGCUGACAGAUCGUGUAAGAAAACUGAAGCCGUCAUGAACAAGUACAGUGCUCAGUUCAGCCAAGGUUUACAAGAAAAUGACAACAAUUUGCAAAAACUGUCGAAUUACGUGUCAUCGUUGGAAAUGCAAAUUCCCGGACUAAACCAACAGGUUUGCGACAAAGCAGGUGACCCUUGCAAUGAACUGUGCGGCGGAGCUGGAUGCGGCAAAUGCGGUGGUUUAUCUUGCGACGAAGGUGCGGUUACGAAGGCACAAAAUGCUUUAAAAUUCGCAAAAGACACAGAGAAAUUGGUUCAGGAUAAAGAAACGAAAAUUGGAGAGCUGUAUCGAGGGGUAGGUUACCUUCACGAUAAUCCUGUCGUGCAAGCGCGAACAGAAGCCAAAAAUGCAUUAAAUGUGUCCAAUACGGUUUCUCGUAAAGUCGAGAUGGCGAAAAAUGAAUCGGCUAUAGCUUUGAAUCGUACUUUGGAAAAGAUUGCCGAGCUGGAAAAAUUCAUCAAUAAUUCUGGAUCAACGCCGGCUUCAAUUAGGCAAUUGGCUAGUGAG